GUCUGUCGAUUUAUCACUAUAAAUACACGUGGGCUGCGGGCACAAAGGUGUGCUCGCUUCUGCGGCAGUGGAAAGACAAACACCGCUUUCUCCAGCCAAGAAAGAAGCGCCGCAUGUUUGGCACUUUGAGGUAUUGUUCUGCUAAGGAAAUAAAGGCACAUCAGUCUGCUGAAGAAGCUGCUUGAAACCAGAUUCACCUGAGAAAAAUUGACUCAUUUGAAGUCUCCUGGUUGGGGCUAAUUAGUCUGAAAGUUGACAAUGGGAAACAGACCAUCUGAAUGUAAUGGAUGUAACUGUUGCAUUUGUGGUGCGGGGCUUCCUCCUUGCACCUCAUUUGACAACUUUACCAAGGACUGGAGGGAGGGAUAUUAUGUCUAUAUUUAUAAUGGAGGCCAAUAUUACAGAGAAGUUGGGGCAGACAAUCAAUACAAGUGCCCUGACUGCUUCUAUCGACCAAUAAGAGAGCGAUUAGCAAGGGAAGAGGAAGAGCGAAGGAGACGUGAAGAGGAAGAGAGGAGGAGAAGGGAAGAAGAGGAAAGGCAGAGAAGGGAGGAAGAAGAGAGGCAGAGAAGGGAGGAAGAGGAAAGGCAAAGGAGAGCAGCAGAGGAACAAAGGAGAAGACAGGAAGAGGAAGAGAGGCAGAGAAGAGAGGCAGCAGAAAGGCAAAGAAGAGAGGAGGAGGAGAGGCAAAGAAGAGAAGCAGAAGAGAGACAAAGACUGGCUGAAGAAGAGAGAAAAAGAAGAGAAGAGGAAGACCAGAGAAGGAGAGAGGAGGAGGAAAGACAAAAGAGGGAAGCUGAAGAAAAGGAAAAACGGGAGCUGCAAGAGAGGCUGGAUCAAACCUUUAAGGAUGCAAAGGCUAAAUCUGAAAAAGAGGAAAACUUAUUUCGUGAGAAAAUGGAAGAGAAAACCACAACAGAUAUUGUAGUGAGCCGGUUUGAUGAAUUUGAAAAGAUCAAGGUUGACCUUGAAAAAACAUGAUGCUGAAGAUCAAAAUUUUCUUGAUCUCCUGUCUACCAAG